AUGGGACAGACCUACUCCAGCCUGAAAUGGAAGUUGAGUGGAAGAAAGAAGCACACAGAGUUUAAGCUCCAGCAGCAGGCUGACCAACUGGAGAAGCAGAAUAUGAGUUCAUUAGACUUUAUGAAAUAUAAACACAUUAACGUAAAGAUUAAACCAGAUAUCGUUUGUUUGACUUUGGAGUCCGAAACUCAAAGACAGACCUUGAAGAAGAUAGCCAAGCUGAAGCCUCACCUUUCAGAGCUGAACUCUAUUUAUUUACUGAGAAUAGAGAAGAGGAAAACACGCAUUCAUCAUGUGAAUUACUGCACUAAGCUGCUGAGCCAAAUGAGAGGAAACAAGUUGAAAAAGAUUUUAAUUGGAUGAGGCAGUGCAGUUUUAGAAAACUUUAGCUUUUAUGCCAGAAGUUUGCUCAGACUUGCUCCAAUGGCAACAGAGUUAGUUGACAUAGUUUUCUUCAAAAUAUCACACAAACAUUUUGGAAGGAUUCUCAUGUCAUGAAACAGCACUCAGAGAUUAUGACUCAGCGGCUGACAAGUUCAUGUUGACAAUUUGGAUUAUCUUAAUCAUGUUAAGGACAUAAAAUAUACUCGCCCAUUGAUCAAGCAUAUCUUUUUGAAAUACAACACAUUCAUUCAGCCUGAAGAAGACAAUGAAUGCUUAGAUGGAUUGAUGCAGAAGAUGGCCAAGUCCAGACUUAACACUUGUUUACUCACAGUGGAAAUCUGUCCUAAAAGAGAUUUAAUGACUGUACACAAAGCCUGGUCAAGGAAAGAGUACAAACUCGGAGACUUUAAUGUAACUAUUUUCUAAAUCACCUGGAACCCUAAAGCUUUGUUAGUCUAAUUCCAUCAUAAAUAGUAUGUUUCA